CUAAAUGCGAAUCCUGCAACGCACCCGCAGCUUAAUUGCGCAAGAAUGUGCCAUCUUCUUCAGGUUUUCCUGGAGGGACUGGUCAACUACCCUUAUUCCUGGAUCCCUUCUAUCCAUCGCAGCCAUGCGAAGCACCACGAUGUCGCUCCAGUCUGCGAUAGUUCAUUACGCCUGCGCCGUCAUGUGGCUCACCCUCUUCGUAUAUUUCGUCGACCUUUCAAACCAAAUAACGGGGAUUGAUGAGGACCGCGUCAACAAGCCAGACCGGCCUCUACCAUCUGGCCUGGUCACAUUGGAGGGGGCGAGAAUGCGAUGGACGACAGUCCUUGCUGGGUUCUCCCUUAUCGGGAUAUUCUAUCCAGUAAUAUUACCGGAGACGCUUUGCUGGGUCGCUACGGUAGCCUUCCUGAAUUUGACGCCGGCAGGCAACCAUUGGUUCGGGAAGAACUGCAUCGCAAUGACAACGGGGACGUGGGCGCUUCUCAGCGGUUGCUGGAAGAUCAUCGCCCCCCUCAGCGCGACCCACCGCUCUUUCAUCCUGACAGUAGCGGUAUGGACCGGCAUCCUCAUGCCGAUCCAGGAUUUUCGAGACAUGAAGGGAGAUGCGAGGGUUGGGCGGAGGACAAUGCAGCUUGUUUACGGGGACAUCACAAGCAGAAGGAUAUACGCAUGUGGCUUCGUUCCAGCCGCAUACGCGGUACUGCGCGUUGGGCGACUGGCGGACAUCGCGCCUAUUCCCCUGGCGCUGGCCCAUGUAUACUUGGCCUACCGGACCAUGAAUCAUGACGGCCCUCGCUACGACCACAAGACAUACAUGCACUUCACAUAUCUGUUCUGCGCGGUCGUCGCGUCCAUCAUAGUGAAACAGCAUUGA